GAACACAGCAGUAAAAACGCAGGCUUUUAAACGUCGAGCAGGGUAGUUCGGCGGAGUUCAUCCACGUUAAAGCUCCACCGAGCUUCUUUUAUUGUUCUGGAGUCAGUCUCUUUUCGCAGAGACUUGAAUAAGCAGGGACGCAUUGCUUUCUGACACCCUCUGAUAGUCAUAAAAAAAAGCUUUUAUUUCCAAGAUGCCGUUAAAUAAUGAGAAGCCCAGCUCUACGUCCAGUGUGGAGGACCAAGGCAGUGAUGUGGAGUCCUCAUCAGAGGUGGUCAGUGAUCUGGACUGUUCGCGUGACAGCUUCAACAGCGACUUCUCCAGCAAGCAUUGCACACCCUCUUCAAGUCCACCCAAAAGCCUAACUUUGGAUGAAGUCAUGGAUUCGGCAAGGGACAUUUUUAACCUCAAAAUUUCUCAUGAGAUUGUGAUGAACCCCAGUUUUCACAUGGACAUGAGCAGCAGACCACAGAACAGGUUAUUUGAGGUUGUAAGAGAUAACAUGCACAAGGCUUUCUGGGACAUGCUGAAGGAAGAAUUGAGUGAUGACCCACCUAAAUAUCAAUUUGCCAUCAAAUUAUUAGAGGAGAUCAGAGAGAUUCUACUGUCAUUCCUGAAUCCGGGUGCAAACCGAAUGCGGACCCAGAUCAUGGAGGUGCUAGACAUGGACCUGAUUCGUCAGCAGGCUGACAACAACGCUGUAGACAUCCAAGGUCUGGCAUCCUUCAUCAUCAACACUAUGGGAAAGCUCUGCGCUCCAGUGAGGGAGGAGGAAAUCAAGAAGCUGCGGGAGAGCACAGACAACAUUGUGAUUCUCUUAAAAGAGAUUUUCCGUGUAAUAGAUUUGAUGAGAGUGGAUCACAUCAACUUUUCCAUUGAACUCAUAAGACCUUUUCUGCAGAAGUACAGCGUUGAAUACGAAAGGGAAAAAUUUCAGAAAAUCUUGGAAAAAACACCUACUGCUUUAAACCACACCACUGCCUGGAUCCAGGCAGCAAAGGAGGAGCUGUCAUCAGCCACUGUUCCCACGGAUACCAACCAUGGGGUUGGAAAGACCGCUAUGCUGAGUCCGUUUCAGCUCCUCAACACUGCCUUUUUACACAUACUCAGAUGGGACUACUCAAAGAACCCAAUACCUGAGACUUUGGUGACGGAUGAGACGCGUCUGCAAGAGAUUCAGUGGCAGCUGAAUCAGUGCCAAGCCGUGAACGAGGUCAUGCUGAUUGUUUACAACACCGUUGGAGAGCCAAUCCAGGGCCUUGCAUCCCUCUCUGACCGCCUAAAGAGGAUGAUCAGCGUCCUGCUGAAUGGGAUGCACAAACCAGAUUUCAAAUUUGACGAGUCACUAGAGGUUAUCAGUGCUCAGAUUUGCUGUGAACUCAACAAGUCUUUGACUGACAGAAGCUACCCUGCCCUGACACCAGAAGUGCAGACCAUGCUGACAGGACAGAUAUGCAGCAUCUCGCAGAAGGACAACCCCAUUCGCACUCUUGUUGAGGAUCGCGUUCAGCAGUACUUCUCAGUACUCCUCUCUGACUCCAAUCCCCUUGCCAAGCUUGAACAAGUACCAGCUGGCUUGACUCCAAUCAAGGCUGAACUUGGACUGAUCGCAAGAAAGUUCAUCUCUUUGGUCAACUACAACAGGACCAUUUAUGGGCCUUUCUAUGCCGGCAUUAUUAAAAAGUUGCUUUUCAGCAAUGGUCCAUCAGAUGAGAGCCUUCCUCGGGACAGGGCUCAGGACUCUGCGUGUCAGGACUGAAGGAAAAGCCGCAGUGUUCGUGUCUCACUCUCACUGUCUUAAUAACUCAUAAGAGUUAUUAAAGUAAAGGAGACAAUACUCCCCUCUUGAUUAACCCUGUUAUUAAGGUGUUUCACACUUUGUAGGUCACGUUGCAUUAAACCGUCCUCUUAAGGUACAAAUGUUAGAAUUCAAACCUAAAACAGUAUUUGUGAUUCCAUCCUGACAAUGCAUCUUACUACUUCUCACAGGAGUGUCACUCUAGCUAUUGAGGAUCUAUUUCCAGCUGGUUUUUCCUCUGUUGAUCACUUGGCUCAGUUGUGUUCUCCCAAGAAGUUGCAAAGGCAGGAUUAUUUUUGAGAUCUUCAGUUUCAGAGGCACUAUUUACCAGCAAAGGACAAAAAAAAAUCUAAAAUAACUUUGGAUGAAAGGAAUAUAUAGUUUUACAAAGAAAAGAAAACGAAAGAGCAUAGUUUUAGAUGAUUUACAUAUUCAAAAUAUUUAUCAUGUACUAUACUGAAAUUUAUAUACAGUUUAUAAUGUAUAGUAGAGGCCAAAUUUAAAGGUAUUACUGCAGAAUAAUAUGGAGCGCUCUAUCUGUGGAAUAUCUGUUUUGUAGUUGUUUUUUGUGUGUGUAUUCAUAAAAAGACAGAACCAUUUCUAGGUUUUGAUUGGUCAAAGAAUUCAGCAGAACUUGUCUGCAUGAGUCAAUCUUUUUUGGAGUUGGCCUUUUUUUUUGUUGUUGUUUUUGCUUGAGUACAUUUUGGUUGUAGUCAUAUUGCUACCAGCAGAGUAAAUCUUUCAUUUUGAUGUUAUAGUAUUGUUGUUAGAGUAUAUAAAAGACAAAGGUGCUUAAAGUAAAAGCACCUUAAUAUGCUGACCUUAAUAUGCACAAAGCGUUGUGUUGUUUAAUGGUUUACAUACAAAUAUAUUUGCUUUGUUCUGUACGUUUUGAAAUGAGUCUGAAUAAAUACUGGUUAAAAAAAGUCAAUUAACAUUUGGAGAUGUUUUUAAUUUGUCAGGUCAGACAAAUGUGUCUCCCUGUCAAAAGAGCAACUCAAGCGGUGGAAUAAAAUGUUGUCAUCACUUGCUGUUA